CAGUUGGCGUUGUCGCCACCGAUUAAUCCAUCUCGUCGACGGCGUCGAGAGCAGAAUCAUCUGCUGAUAAGGUUUUCCCCCGUCCAGAACACCGUCCGAUAUGGGCUGCAUUCCAGGGCUGUUCCAACCAGUCUCGUUGUGCAUUUCUUCGAGGUCGGUUCGUGUACGUAGCGUGCUCACCCUAUCGUGAUGGUUCCCCGAAUCUCGUUACUGCUGCAGGCCACCGUACUGCUGACACUGUCCGGGUGCAUUUGCCGUGCACAGUCCAAGAACUACAAGUGCUCCAUAAUAAAUGAGGCCGGAUUUUGUUUCGUCGAGAACGUCUAUCUCGACGUUACCACCAACGGUAUCGGUGGGGACUCGAGUGCGGAUAUGAGGGUGCAGUUUCCGCGCCACCCAACGCUGCUCAUCAAAUCCGGCGCCAUACCGUACUUCGGGAAGGACAUUUUUGCACUGCUGGGCAGCACCCGGCAGCUGCACGUGUACAACAGUACCAGCAUCAAGCAUCUGUUCGUACCGGUGACGAACCUGACGGAGAUCAACGUCCAACGGAACGGGCUCACGGAGUUUGACGUGGAACCGGUAGAGAAUCGCGAACUCAAGGUGCUCUCGAUCGUCCACAAUGCGUUGACUAAUGUUCCGCGCAACAUCCGCUAUCUGGUGGGAUUGGAGAAGCUUUACCUCUACAACAACUCGCUCGAAUACUUCGACAUGGAGAUGUUGACCAAUGCGACGGGUACGCUUAAAAUUCUUUCGAUCUAUGACAAUCACAUCAAAACGCUCGAUUCCCGGUCCGGUUUACACUUCCCGAAGCUACAGACACUGUCGCUGAGCAAGAACAAGCUCUCGUUCGUGCCGUACUUUGAGGAAUCGUUCCCCGCCGUUACGGUGGUAUCGCUGCGCAAAAAUCCUUGGAAUUGCAGUUGGCUGCACACGAUCAUGCAGUACAUCGAGGCGCGCAAAAUCCAGGUCGUACGCAAGGAUGCCACCUGCCGCGAUCGGUGGAUCAGCGAGAUCUGCUGCACGUACACGGUGCUCGACUUUAUGUUCGAUCGCCAAGCUGCACAGAUGCAUCGGCAGCAGCAACUGCUGCGGAAUGUGUCGCACGAGCACCAGCGAUUGGUCAACACGGUGCAUCAGCUUGCGGAAGACUUGCAUCGGUUGCAGUUGCAGGUUGAACACUCAACCACCGGCAGGAGUACUUCCGAUGCGAGGCCUAGUGAUGUUGUUUAG